AAUGCCUUUCCAAUUCUGCCCCCAGUGUGCAAAGUUGCAGACUGAUUUCAGAUUUUGUCCAUCAUGUGGGGAGAAGCUUCCCUGUCCUGUUGAUGAAUCUGGACCUGUGAGCUCGACGCUGUCUUUGAGUCUCUCUCCACCCAAAAGGGAUGAAGCAGCAACAUCAGUAGUUGGAUCAAGCCUUGAGCCCACGGGAAGUACAGUUAUAAACCUUUGGAAAUGUAAAUGAUCUUUUCCUGCACCUACAGUUACAACUCGUCCCGCACUGCGAAAGGUCCGUAACUCCCUGCGUCUGGAAAGGGAAGUUAAAUUCAACAAAGAUGCCAUUCCACCUGUGGGGGCCUCCACUAGUCCUCUCAGACAUGACAGGAUCAAAGAUAAUGGUGAUGGAUUGGUUGGAACUCCACCAAAGCAGCACCCAUUCACUUUUAAGCUCUCCACAGGAGCAGAGACAGCUCUAGAGACUUCUCCUGUCCUAAAAUCCCCUCGACCCGUGAGGGGAAAAGCCAAACUCUGCAGCCCCGCUAAGCAGGUAGAAGAGGGAAAGAGGCUGACUGAUAAAACAAGUAGGAGAGCAGAGGAAUCAGCGGUAGACGGCUCUCCUGUGUCUUUCCCUUCCUCUGUUUCCCCACCAAUCUCCAAGUCCCCUUCAAAAGUGACAGGAAAAAGCAAAGCCAAGAAGGCGAAGCAUGCGUCCGCUGUGGUGCCGCUACAGGAAGGUGAAGAGGUGACGGACACGACAGGCAAGAAGUGGACGCUGGUGAAACUGCUCAGUCAGAGCACAACAGAGCUCCUCUAUGAAGUUUUGCAAAACGUUUCACGGUCGAAUUCCAAGGAAUCAAAUCACGUCCUCAAACUGGGAGCUAAAGAUGGAAGAAUCUUCAACGAGCAGAACUUUCUGCAGAGAGCUGCUAAACCUGCAUCUGUGGACAAGUGGAUCAAACAAAACAAGAUGGAUUUCCUGGGGAUCCCUUCCUGUGUUGGCUUUGGUCCUCAUGCAGAGUCCCUACAGGUGUUUCUGAUUUUCCCCAACAUGGGCGAGUCUCUCCAGUCUGUCAUGGAGGAAGAAGAUGAGCUUCUGUCUGAAAAAGUUGUCCUUCAGCUCGCCUGCAGAUAUUAGAUGUGGCUGCAGUAUAUCCAUUCAAACGAGUACGUUCACGCGGAUAUCAAUGCAGAAAACAUUUACAUCAACCAGGACAGGUGACUAAUCAGUACAAAUGUAUACCUGGUAGGAUACUGCCGCUUCAGGUACUGUCCAGGUGGGCAACAUGUGGAGUACCGUGAAGCCAGCAGAACACCACAUGAGGGCACCGUGGAGUUCAUCAGCCUGGACGCACACAAGGGACUCCGUCCUCGACGCAGUGACCUGCAGUCUCUGGGUUACUGCAUGCUGCGUUGGCACACGGGGAUGCUGCCGUGGACCCUCCUAAAUCACCCGGACGAGGUAGCCACGGAGAAACAGAGGUACAUGGAGGAUGUUCCUGCACUGUUGACUCACUGCUUUGGGAAGAAGGGUGUUUCCAGUGAGUGCAUUCAAACGUACCUGACUCAAGUGAUGACUAUGCAGUACUCUGAGCAGCCGAACUACUUGGCGCUGAAGGCCGGACUCAGUUCCGCUUUACUGCAGCUGGGUGUGUCACCAGACCAGCUGCUCAGUUUUUAGAGAAAUGGAACAAAGAGAAGACCGUUUGGAAGAUGUUUAACUUGUUUUUAUCAUGCUGUUUUAUCUGUGAUGUUUUAUUGCACUGAAACAAAUUGUUGUAGAGUUCAAUGUGUGCAAAUGACAUGUUAGGUCACUGGGUUUUGAUUGAGAUCAUCAUCAUUUUAAGCAUUUGUGAUAUUGUUGUUGGUUCUCAUAUUAACCGCACAGUGUUUUUAGCGUUACAGGGACAUCAUGAAUCUCACGUCAGGGUGAGAGUGAUGCAAAUUCUCAAUAUUUAAUGCACAGGUCUGGGUUUAGUUUACACUUUAGUUAAAGGUGUUCCUCUUAACUGGUUGCUUGUUACAACAGUUUUUACAUGUUUGUUACAUAUAGGCAUAAUAAAAAUAUUGCCUGAAUAAAAAGCAAUAUUUCUUAUUUAAAAACAGUGCCUUUUAGUGUCCUUUUGACUUCAGUCUGAGAACCAAAGACUACCAGAAACACCAUCAUUCAUUUACGCUCAUAACAAUCUUUAGUUUAAGGAGGCUUUAAAAAUAAAUCGUUCUUGAGGAAA